AUGGAGAAUCUGAAACGAGGACUUGCCUGUUUUGUUGUUGUUUUUUCCAUCUGCUUCUCCAUUUAUGAAGCAAUAUUCCCAUUUUCUUUUCAGGUCUGGGCAGGGUCAUUUCAAGCUUAUGCUCAAGGUGCUAGAUUUCAUUGUGAAGUCUUUCACGUUCCUCAGGCUUUCGACCCGGAUUAUGAGGAAAUGGAGAGGAAAUUCAAGAUCUUUGUGUACCCACAUAAUACUACUGCCUGUGAUAAUAAACCCAGGAUGCUCAAUGGCGAGUAUGGAAAUGAAGGAUUGUUCUAUCUGAAUCUCAAUCGGAGUCGGUUCUAUACCAAAGAUCCUGAAAAAGCUCACCUCUUCCUCAUUCCCAUUUCUUGCCAUUCAUCUGCUGCUGGGAAAAGAUCAGAUGAUGAAAAGGCUAUUGCUGUCGAAGAUUUUGUCAAGAGUCUUAUUUCCAAGUACCCUUAUUGGAACAGAACUUUAGGUGCCGAUCACUUCUACGUCACCUGCAGAGACAUUAAUGUGACUGCUACUGCACGAAUUACAAAUCUUAUGAAGAACUCAAUUAGAGUCAUGUGUACUCCAAGUUAUAAGGAUGAAUAUGUUCCGCAUAAGGAUGUUUCCCUUCCACAACGUGUGCCGCCACUUGCUCGUUCUCCUGCUGGAAGUAACAUAACGAACAGGAUGACACUAGCUUUCUGGAGAGGUCUCAACAAUUCUCAUGUAAGACAGAAGCUGCUUGAGUCUUGGGGAAAUGAUUUAGAACUCUUCAUCCAGAAAGGAAAGGAACCUAGUUUCGAAGAACAAGAUUUGGUGUACCAUGAUGCUUUCAAUAACUCUAAGUAUUGCAUCUGUCCUGGAGGCCCUGAGCUCGAUCGUACUAUAGCAUUAGCAAUUCAUUAUGGAUGCGUUCCAGUUAUCUUUUCUGACUACUAUGAUUUACCAUUCAACGAUAUUAUUGACUGGAGGAAAUUCUCUGUAAUACUCAAGGAGAGCCAAGUCUCUUACAUGAGAGAACUCCUAGAUGAGAUAUUAGAGGCUGAAUACCGAGCACUACAGACCAACACUGUCAUGGUCCGGAAGCACUUUCAGUGGAAUCUACUUCCAAUCAAAUAUGAUGCAUUUCAUAUGACCAUGUAUGACUUGUGGCUGCGCAACCAUUUUACCAAGUAUUACUGA